CGUUUCGCCAUUUUCUACCGCUACACCAGGGAAGAGGUGGCUUUUUCGGGUGUCGUUCCUGUGCUGCACGAAAGGGCCUUGCAAUUGAGUGUUGAGAAUCGACAGAAACGUUGACGGUUUAAAAAAAAAGAACGUUAGUGCGCUUUUCCCUGAACGCGUAAGAAUGUCGUCAGAAAGUCCCGAAUAUUCCCCUUUCUUCGCAGUGAUGGGAGCCUCUGCGGCUAUGGUCUUCAGCGCGUUGGGGGCGGCCUAUGGCACGGCUAAGAGCGGCACAGGCAUCGCUGCCAUGUCGGUGAUGCGGCCGGAGCUCAUCAUGAAGUCCAUCAUUCCUGUGGUCAUGGCAGGUAUCAUCGCCAUCUACGGGCUGGUGGUGGCGGUGCUCAUCGCCAACAACAUUUCAGAGAAAGUCACCCUCUACAAGAGUUUCCUCCACCUGGGUGCUGGGCUGAGCGUGGGGCUGAGUGGGCUGGCGGCUGGUUUUGCCAUCGGCAUUGUGGGCGACGCAGGCGUUCGGGGCACAGCUCAGCAGCCCAGGCUCUUCGUGGGCAUGAUCCUCAUCCUGAUCUUCGCAGAAGUCCUAGGGCUCUACGGUCUUAUCGUGGCUCUCAUCCUCUCCACAAAAUAGAGAAAGAAAGAAAAGAACAGUCCUUCUGUCCAUCCAUCCGUGUACGUUGAGUCAACGCUACGUCAUCCAUUCCAUAUAUAAACUAAGAAAUAAAGAACAAAUUGUAGAGCAUGCCUUUACGCCCGGUUCCAAAUCAACUCCCUUUAGCCACUUCUUUCCUCGUGAGACUAAUUGAUGGUCCUUUGUAGAUCUAAUAGGUUUGAAUAAGUGUUAGCAAUAUGGUAAUAGUAAAGCCACAUACCUACCCCCUACCUAUAUUGCUUAUUCAUGCCUGUCAGAUCUACGAGGGAGGCAUCUUGAGGUGUUAUGGGCUGUGUCCCAAAUGGCACCAUAUUCUCUACAUAGUGCUCUGGUCAAAAGUAGUGCAUUCAAUAGGGAAUAGUGUGUGAUUUGGGACAAAGGCAUGGGGUUGCUUUGGGAUUGGGCGGGAAGCGAAAAGCGUCCUCUUAUCACUUUUCCUGUACAGUCGUCCUUGAGUCCAGUAGUCAACCCCUUGUAAAUGCGCUAUGUAAAUGUAGUGACGCGUUCGUCCUGUACGUGCUUGAGUAUCAGUUUACCUCCUUCCUCCCAAUUUUCUUUAAUUUGUGUGUCUGCUAAAUGGCUUUUAUUAUUAUUCCUUAGUUUCUUUCUGAAGAACUGACUGGACAAAUCAUUUUCAUUUUAUCUGGGGACCAUUUUCACAUUAAAGGACCAAACUAAUAUGAGGACAUGGAUAACUAUUUUUUGGUUUGGUUGUUUUUUCACUAAUUAUUUAUGAAGAUUUUGAAAUGUUAAUAAAACUGUUUAAAUGGAA